ACUCGUUUAUUUUGGAUUUGUGGAGAGAGAAACAACGUGUUUGUCGACCGGAAUUAGUAAUUUAUCAAGGUUUUUGUAAUUUUUAUCUAUUAUACUUGCAAUGAAGAAAGAAAAGCAUGAUACUAAAAAAUCAAAGACAGAAAUUUGUGGCCAGAAAAAAGUUAAAGAGGCUGUGAAGGCAUUGAAGUUAUUGAAUAAAAGAUUUGUUGAAGAAGAUUUGAAGAAACAGCCUCUUUUAGAGGACACAGCUGAAAGUCCAAUAUAUUUACAAGUAAUGUUAAAGAAAAUACCUCCCCCACAGUUAAUGCGAAUGAUUAGAGUGCCCUUAUCUCAUUCUUUGAUUACUGAAACAUCUGAAGUUUGUCUUAUCACUGGUGAUUUAGAGAAACGGAAUCAUAAAGCUGAAAUAGAACCUACUAUAUUGCAUUACAAAGAUCUUCUGAGGAAACAUGGCAUUACCAAGGUGGCUGAGGUAAUUCCUCUUCGUCAACUUAGGACAGAAUACAAAACAUAUGAAAGUAAACGCCAACUUGCUGCUGCAUAUGAUGUAUUUUUGGCAGAUAAAAAGAUAGCUGGUGUUUUACCUAAGACUUUAGGAAAGUCUUUUUUCAAGGAUCGAAAGUUCCCCAUACAGAUUGACUUGAAAAGACCAAAUUUAAAAGAUCAAAUAGAUAAAGCUCUCUGUCAAACAGAAUUUUCUUUAACAUGCCGUGGCAACAGCUAUGCUCUGGAAGUUGCACGGUUGUCAAUGGAGGAUGAUGCUAUUAUGGAAAAUGUAAAGACUUCUAUUGAUGUUUUAACAAAUAAACUUCCUGGAAAAGAAAAGAACAUUCUCAGCCUCUAUAUAAAAACAGCUAAAUCUAAAGCAAUUCCAAUCUUUGUAUCCUUAGAAAUUUCAGAUGAUAUAUUAAUAAAGAAACCACGCAAAAAUGAAAAAUUUAAACUUGAUGAAUUAAGCACUAUAGAUGAUGCAGAAGUUAAAGUUUUCCGAGACGGAAGGGUUGUUCUUAGAAAAAUGAAGAAAGAAUCUAGCAAUAAUGAAAAUGCCAUUGAAGAUGAUGAAAAUAUGGUUUUAAAUGAGUCAUUAUCUGAUGUUCUUUUGGAAGAUGAGGACACUCAAGAGUCUACUGCUAUUGAAGUUCCUUUAAAAAAGAAGAAGAAAAGCAAGAAAACUUCUGAUUUAAUUGAAGACACAGAUGUUGCUAAAUUGGAAAAGGAGGAAGACUUUCAAGAUUCUGUUGCAAAUAAAUCUCCUGUAAAAAAGAGGAAGAAAAGUAAAAAAGCCUCUGAAUUAGAAGAAAUUGCAAAUAAUGAAGAAAGUAAUCAAGAUUCGAUUAUUAAUGAAGUUCCAAAGAAAAGUAAAAAGGCCAAAAAAAAUACUGAUUUAAACCAUGUUGUGGACAUUUCUCAGGUUGAAAAUAACGAGAUUCAGGAUUCUAUUACUGAAAUUUCCUCAAAGAAAAAAAAGAAAGGUAAAAAAGUUAUUACAGACCAUGUCUUGAAUGAUGCAGAAAUGAAAACAGAGGAGCAUGAUCAAAAUUCAAUUUCCAAUGAAAUUUCUUCAAAGAGUAAAAAGAACAUGAAUUCAGGUCACUUUAAAGCAGAUGAGACUCUUAAAGAAGUCAGAGAAAGUAGUAUACUUUUAAGUUCUAAGAAAAGAAAAAUACAUGAAGACAUAACCAGUGAAAAGGCAACUAAAUAUAAAAAUUGGAAGGCCUUUGAAAGUGAAAAUAAAGAUGAGAUUGAAAAAAUCACGAGAUCUAAAAAACACAAAAAUAUUUCUGAAGCAGCGGAAGAAGAUAUUAAUUUGGAAACAACUUCAAAAUCCAAAAAAGGAAAAAAGAAAAUUAAAGAUGCUGCAAACAUGGAGUCAUCUUUAAUAUCUGUGAAAGAUGAAGAAAUAAUGCAUAUUGGAAAAACACCUUUGAAAUCCAAAAAAAUGAAGGAAAAAAACGUAGAUCUCGCAGAUAGUGAUUCUUUAAUAUUGAAAGAAAAAAAGAUUGUUCAGGAUAGUAAUGUCAAAAUUAGUUCUAAAUUAAACAAAUCGCAGAAAAAUGACAGAAAUAGCACAAGUAUAUCUGUGAAAGCAAAAAAGAUAAAAACAAAAUAAUCAAAUAAAAUGAAAAUUUUUGUACAAUUUUUUUUUUGUUUGUAUUAGUUUUGUCUUUUAUUAAAAAAAAAAUAUAUAACAUUCUA